AUGGCGAGUUGCAGGAGCAGCGUGGAGAAAGCAGCGGUUUUGUGCUGCUUCUUGCUGGCAAUGGGGAGCCUAACCUCCUGCGCCCGGCUGGAGGAGGAGGAAGAGCAAGAAGAGCAGCGCUCCUGUCACGGUGCCUUUGAUCUCUACUUCGUCCUGGAUAAGUCUGGAAGUGUCAGAAAUCAUUGGACAGAGAUUUACUCUUUUGUGGAAAGCCUAGCUGAGAAGUUCAUAAGUCCAAUGUUGCGGAUGUCUUUCAUCGUUUUUUCUUCACGUGGCACUACAGUCAUGAAACUAACAGAAAACAGGGAAGCCAUAAGACGAGGGCUCGACAUUCUUCAGUAUGAAGUGCCUGGAGGAGACACGUUCAUGCAUGAAGGAUUUAAAAGGGCAAAUGAGCAGAUUUACCAUGAAACCUACGGAGGAGUUCGGACUGCUAGCGUGAUUAUUGCUCUGACGGAUGGAGAAUUGCAAGACGUUCAGUUUUAUUACGCAGAACAAGAAGCCAACAGAGCCAGAAGCUUUGGAGCUAUUGUUUAUUGUGUUGGAGUGAAAGAUUUCAAUGAAACUCAGCUGUCAACAAUUGCUGACAGCAUCGAUCAUGUUUUUCCAGUUACGGGAGGCUUUUAUGCCCUAAGAGGAACCAUUGAUUCAAUUCUCAAGAAAUCUUGCAUUGAGAUCCUAGCGGCUGAACCAUCGAGCGUUUGUGCAGGAGAAUCAUUUCAAGUUGUGGUAAGAGGCAACGGCUUUUAUCAUGCAAGAAAUAUCGACCAGGUACUCUGCAGCUUCAAGCUCAAUGACAGCCUUACUAUCAAUGAAAAGCCGACCUUUGUUCAUGAUACUUACUUACUUUGUCCUGCCCCAGUGAUAGAAGAUGCUGGACAGGUGGUUUUCCUACAAGUCAGCAUGAACAACGGGCUAACGUUCAUCUCCAGCUCUGUCAGCAUCACCAGCACACAGUGUCUGACUGGGACCAUCCUUUUCAUUGCUCUCCUGAUUCUCUUUCUGCUGCUGGCUCUGGCUCUUCUGUGGUGGUUCUGGCCCCUUUGCUGCACGGUGGUGAUCAAGGAGCCGCCGCCGCCACCACCUCCAGAGCCUGAAUCAGAUGAUGAAGAUGGAUUGCCAAAGAAAAAGUGGCCAACCGUGGACGCAUCUUAUUAUGGAGGUCGUGGUGUUGGUGGGAUUAAGAGGAUGGAGGUGCGAUGGGGAGACAAGGGGUCAACAGAGGAAGGAGCAAAACUGGAGAAGCCCAAAAAUGCUAUUAUUAAAUUGCCAGAACAGGAGUAUGAGCCAUGGGAACCCAAGCCAAAAAAGCCCCACGUGAGAAAACCACCUUCCCAGCGGAAAUGGUACACUCCGAUCAAGGGCAAACUUGAUGCACUGUGGGCUUUGGUUCGACGAGGCUAUGAUCAAGUCUCUCUUAUGAGACCACAGCCAGGGGAUAAGGGAAGAUGCAUAAACUUCACUCGGGUGAAAUCAGAUGGAACCUCUGCCCCUUACAGCCCACCGCCAAAGCUGCCGCGGCGCGAUGAUGUUCCUCUCAACAAUGCUCCAAGGAAUUCUUCUCCUCCUGUGUCUCUUCAGCCCCCUUCCAGGCAGCCACCUCCUGGACCACCUCCAUCCCGAGCCCCUCCUGGACCUCCUCCUUCGCGCCCACCCCCGCAGCCCAUGGCUUAGAGUGCAGCAAAACCCUGAUUGACAAAACAUGUCUCUUUGCUGAACACAGCAUAUUUAUUGAGUAUUGGUUUACAGUUAAAGAUAUCAGAAUUUGUUGCUGGUCAGCAAAAAAAGAAGAAAGAAAAAAAAAAAAGAAAAAUUGCCAAGUGUCAAUUUUAGUGUAUGAAUAUAUUUAUACCACAC